AGCAGCUUGCAUUUGCAUGUGGUAGCAGAACAUUUACUUUUACUGGAAUUCUCAAUUGAUCUGGUGAAGUUAAAUUAAAACAGGAAAAAGUUCAGGGGAUUUUGUUUCGAAAUAGGGAUAGGUGAGGGGCCAAUUAUGUCUCAUAGGAAGAAAGAAACAAUGGAUCUGCUCAACAUCUUUGUGCUAUUGUGUGGUGUCGCAGCGCCUGAUCCUGCAUUAUCUUGGAUUUGAGUUUCCAUGUAAAACAUUUCCUGUUGUGAUCCUAAACCCUGGAAAUGGCAUACUUGCAUUGAAGGGUACGUGUGUUUGAGGUUUCAGUACUUUACCAUGAAGCAAUUCCAUUUCUCAAACCAAAGGCAAAAAGCACCGAAAGGCUCUUUUCUCCUCCAAUUAAAAACCCUAAGCAUCCUUGAUCAUCUCCAUCUUCUUCUCUUCUCUCCCUUCUCGUCCCUGCUCCAAUGGAUGAUGAAAAAGACACGUGCAGGAUCCUCCUCGAAGCCGCCGUCGCUGCUGCGGCCGACGGCGAUGAUGACGAUGGUGCCGACGAGCCGAACAUUAUCUAUGUCCUCAACCUCGUCCUCAGCGGCACCGCCCGCCUGAAUGUGCUCCUCCCCACCGCCACCAUCCUCGCCUUCGCCAUCUUCGCCCCGCUCCUCACCGACGACGGCCGCUGCCCUCUCCAAAUCCAUCGGUGCCUCACCGCCGCAUUCCUCGCCCUCUGCGCCGCCUCCUGCGUCUUCUUCUCCCUCACCGACAGCUUCCGCGGCCCCUCCGGGCGCCUCCACUACGGCGUCGCCACGCCCCGUGGUAUUUGGGCGUUCGGCGUACAACGGCGGCGGCGAAAAGUUGAGGAUCCGACGGCCUACAGGCUGAGAUGGUGGGAUCUGUUCCACGCGGUGCUGUCGGUGGUGGCGUUCGGGACGUUCGCGGCGGUGCACUAUGACGUGGUGGGGUGCUACUACCCUUGGAUGCCGAGGAAGCUCAUCAACACCCUUCCUCUAGUCGUGGGCUUCGUCGUCAGCCUCCUCUUCGUCCUCUUCCCUUCCAAGCGGCGCGGGAUCGGAUACCCCUUCUUGCUCCAGAGCGACGCCGUCUACUUACGGCAUUGACGCCUAAGAGGUCGGAGGUUCGAUUCCUGAGUUUGCGUUUGAAUACAGACGCCCAGACGUUCCCGCCGAAAACGACUUAAAAAUUUGUUCGGAAGAAUUUAUCGAUCUUAAGAUUCAUGCAGAGUAAAAUCUGAUGACAAAAUGAGGAACCUCGGAAAAGAAGGAUAUGAAAGAAAGAUUUCUUGCUUUUAUGUAAAUAGAAUCCGAAUCAUAAAAAUGAACAGCAAAGCAAGUUACUCUGAGAUUAUUACAUGGAUUGUAACCCAAAAGUAGUCUUCAAUCCGCCCAAUUAAUUUAUGUGAAAUAAAUUAUAUAAUAAUUUACAAAUAUUUAAAAAGAAUGAUUGGGAAAAAAAAAUAAUGCUAAUUGUACACUCCUAAAUUAGAUAUAUAUCUUACAUCCCGCCUAUCUAAAAAUGCAAAUGGGACGGAUUCGAGAGCAGGGGAAGUCCCUCAUCUCCCACGUUGUUUUCUUGGUGGGUCGAAGGGGAAGUCCCUCAUCUCCCACGUUGUU